AAAAUCGGUAUCUACAAAACGUUUUGUGGAAGGUGAACGUACACGUCUUUAAAAGGUUCCACUUGACAUUGAAUAUAUGCCAACUUGGCCAUGGCCACACGACUAGAAAUAAAUUUCAAUCGCCUUCUAGCAAGAUGUGAAACUAUGGCGAAAGACAAAACGGCAUGGGAUUGGAGACUUGAAAAGUUCAUUACUGCACUACAAGAUCAACUGAGUGAAUUAAAGAAGUCCCCAUGUAAGCCGAGUCAGGAAACUUUGAAUGACUACAAUAAAAAAGUGGACUUCCUGAAGGGAAUAAUUGAAGCUGAAAAAUUGCCAACUACAGCAGAAAAAGCUCUUGCAGCAGACAAGUUAGCUACAAUUUCCUCAUCAGGGACAGGUAACUCUGUCAAGUCUAAGGAGCUACACCUACACACCAAGGCCAGGUAUCAAAAAGAUGUACGCAAUGAGCUGCUGGGCCUUGACGGGGAGGAUAUUCAAAGUAAGAUCAUUGAACUUUAUAAAAGACUAUUAUAUUACUUACAACUUUAUAAAAGACUAUUAUAUUACUUACAACUUUAUAAAAGACUAUUAUAUUACUUACAACUUUAUAAAAGACUAUUACAUUACUGA